UAACACAUUUUUAGAAAAUUAGUUGUCGUGUGUUUUGUGACAAACUUUCGGCUAUCAAUUGUAAUUAAAUUGUCUCAAAAUUUUUAAGUAAUUUUAAAACACAUAAUAAACCAAAUUUAAAAUGGGCGAAGGCGAUGGAUCAAAGAAGGCUAAGACGGGAUCCAAGAAGAGAGCCGCCAGAACCACAUCCAACGUGUUUGCCAUGUUUACACCCCAUCAGGUUCAGGAAUUUAAAGAGGCUUUCCAAAUGAUCGAUCAGGACAAGGAUGGGUUCGUAUCUAAAAAUGACAUCAGAGCCACAUUUGAUUCAUUAGGCCGUCUAUGUACUGAUGCCGAAUUAGAGUCAAUGGUACAGGAGGCGCCCGGACCCAUCAAUUUUACCAUGUUCCUUACCAUUUUCAGUGAUAAAACUCAAGGUAUGUUUAUUUAUAUGUUAAUAAACCACAAAAAACAAAACAAUAAUUUGUAUGAAUUGAUAGGCACUGAUGAGGAGGAUGUCAUAUUGAAUGCCUUCGCUCAAUAUGAUGAGGGAGAAGGCCUGUGUCGGGAAGAAACCUUAAGGCAUGCACUGAUGACUUGGGGCGAUAAGUUCACAGAAGCUGAAGCAGACAAGAUAUUAGGUGAGGCACCGAUGGAUCGAAAGGGAAAUAUAGACAUUAAAAAGUUCGCACAAAUAUUGACCAAAGGAGAGGAAGAUGAAACCGGAGCUUAAACUACCGGUUCAUUACAGCUAUAGUCAAAUCAACGCCAUUGCGCUUAAAUGUUAUUUAUAUAAAUAAAAUAAUAUUAUCUGAAAAAUUAUAUAACAUUUAAUGAAUAAUAAAAUUGGUUUUUCUUUGAUAUAUCAAUUUAGUAAACAAUU